GUAAUCGGACACAACCUGAGAGAGAGUGAGUAUGGUUCUGGUGGAAUCAGAUAGUUAUCUUGGAAACACAUGGUGUCUAGAUAGCUAUCGUCUCCCCCAACCACAAUGUGUUUAUGGUCCAGAUGCACUUACACUAUACAACACAGUAAAAUGCAAACAAAAACAAACAAUCGAUGCUAAACGGUGCUCAAGUGCUCCAUAAAGUCAUUUCAUCAAAAGUACAGAUGGAUAUCAAAUCUUGAGAUGAUCUAGAGAAUGUGGACAAGAAAAAGAUUACUACCUCGAUGGUUUGUUCCAUGAUAAGAUCCUCUUCAUGUGUUGCACGACGAAGCUCAAUAUAGGUUGUAUAGCAACUAGAUAAAGCCUAUGAAGCUGGUGUUUAGACACCAAAGCAUAAUUAUAAACUUUGAGGACAUCAGAUUUUUUUAUAAGGCAUCAAACUGAACGAACCUGAAUAUAUUAUAAACCUUAUGAAUUUCACCAAGUUUUCUUCUCAUUUUACUUUUUCUUAUUGUACUCUACUGUAUGCCUGAGAAGCAAAGCCAAUUAAGGCUUUAGGUUGCUGAACCAGAAAAUCAAUAGCAAUAGCCAAUGAGCUGCAUGCUUACUUGUUCUGCUGACCAGAGAUUUGGAGAAUCAAGUAUAGCCACCUUGGGAGAAGGUCAAGACCAACUUCUAGUAUGCAGCCUCUAGGAUGAAGUAAGAAAGAACAAGAUUAGAGAUCCUUCGAGGACUCUAGCAUGUUGUCCAUGCAACAGCUUGAAAGUGAAGUAGUAUUAUUCUGUCUGUCAAAAAGACAAACUUCUAAUUCAAACAAAUUAAUGCAAAAUGAGAAAUGAAAGAUCAUACAGAAGAUAUGGAAAAUAUAUAUUUUUUUAUUUGGUUAGAUUUUGAUUCACUACCCUUGGGCAUCUGGAAGCAGGUCAUGUAGCAACCAAUACAAAAUUUGCUAGAUACCAGAAGAUUAUAAGUGGAACCAACUCUCAGGUUACAGAACCAAAACACACACGCAGCCUCAUAAAACUUCUAUAACUAAAAAAUCUCCGUCGCCGGGACUCGAACCCGGGUCUCUCGGGUGAGAGCCGAGUAUCCUAACCAGCUAGACUACGACGGAUUUGUUAAUGGUCAUACAUGAAAUAUAAUACGUUAUUUAGUUUUAAUGAAUUUAAAGGAAGUUAUGGAUAAAAUUCGAUCGGCCGAGAAAAAGAUAUAGUUGUUUAUUAAUGUCAGUUUCAUUCCCCAUAUUCAGUAAUAAACUGAAUUUAAUAACUACAUUAAAAUCUGAUUGCUGCAAGCUGAAGUGAAGUUUGCUAGUUUUGGCCUUGAGUGACUAGUGGUGAUGUAAAAUAAAGAUUUAAGAUUUGUUAUCUAUCUAUCAAGUCUUUGGAUAUUGAAGAAUCAAUUAUAAAAGUCUUUCCUUGAUUUGCUUACACACACUUUUAGAUUAGUUUAGUUAUAGUCUCAACAUCAACAAGACAACAACCUUAGUUUGUAGGUUUGUACCCUAUUUUGUUUUUAUGUGUAAUACUUCCAUCCAGAUUCAACAUCGCAUAUACUGUAAUAAACAAUCACACAUUUACGUAGAUAAACAAAGUAGAAAACUAUAGGUUUUAAAAUUAAUUAUUUCUUACUCGGAAAAGAUUAGACAUCUAGCCACAAUCAUUAUGCAUUUAUUUACAAGUGAAAUUUUAUAAAGCUAAACCUUUAGAAACCUUUCCGCCAAAGACUCUCAUCACAUGCAGUUAAUAAGUAUAUGUAUAUAUAAAGAAACACAUACAAUAGAAAAGCUUACCUAGAGAUUAUAGUCAAAUCUCACAAUAUAAAAGGACAUCUUCGUGACCAGAACAAUCUCCCAAUCUAUAGGAACCCGUCUAGAUACACCCAUAACAAUCUCUCGAUCGGAGCUUCCACGAGCAAAAGUUUCUCAGCCAUGGCAGAUUCUACUUCCCUCAUUGUCAACAAACAAACCAAAGGAGGAUGGAACGCUGCCGUUUUCAUCAUGGUUGUGGAGAUGACAGAGAGAUUUGCGUUCUACGGUCUUGCAAGCAACUUGAUGACAUUUCUAACGAAUGAGCUAGGCCAGUCCACGGCCACGGCAGCCAAACACAUCAACACAUGGCUCGGCGUUUCUUACCUUUUCCCCAUUCUCGGGGCAUUUCUAGCUGACUCAAUCUUAGGCCGCUUUAAAACCGUUCUCUUGUCGUCCUUUGUUUAUCUCCUGGGAAUGGUAAUGUUACCAUUGUCGGUGACGGUGGUGGCAUCGAGGCUGAGAGAAAAAGCUUUCUUUACGGCGUUGUAUGUGAUGGCGGUUGGAGAAGGAGGGCAUAAGCCAUGCGUGAUGACCUUCGCGGCUGACCAGUUUGGAGAAGCUAGCGCAGAGGAGAAAGCAACAAAGACAUCAUUCUUCAAUUAUUGGUACUUGUCCAUCGUCCUUGGCUCUUCCAUAGCUGUUCUUGUCCUCAUAUUCAUUCAGGAACGAGUGAGUUGGUCAGCAGGAUUCAGCGUAAUAGCAGGAAGUGUAGGAAUAGCUGUACUCAUAUUUCUGAUUGGUAUUCCGAGAUACCGGAAACAAGUUCCGGUGGGAAGCCCUCUCACGAGAGUUGCUCAAGUCAUCGUCGCUGCCUCUAGAAAAUGGCGAGUAAGCACCACGAGCCACCACCAUGGCAUAUGCUACGAGGAAGGCACGGAGGAGGACAAGUCGUUGGAGUCAACAACUAAUGCUCAUCUUCUUGCCAAAACCAAUCAAUUCAGAUUCCUGGAUAAAGCUACAAUCAUCGAUGAAGUUGAUAAUACGUCAAACAAAAGUAGAAACCCAUGGAGAUUAUGUCCUGUGAACCAAGUGGAAGAAGUAAAGCUAAUAUUGAGGCUCGUGCCGAUUUGGAUAAGCUUGAUAAUGUUUUGUGCUACACUUACUCAGCUCAACACAUUCUUUUUAAAGCAAGGAAGUAUGAUGAAUAGAACCAUUGGUGAUCACUUCACCAUACCUCCUGCUGCUUUCCAAAGCAUUGUUGGUGUCACCAUCCUCAUAGUGGUUCCUCUUUACGAUCGUGUGUUUGUUCCUAAUGUAAGAAAGAUCACGAAUCACCAUUCUGGAAUCACAUCUCUUCAGAGAAUCGGCGUUGGCUUAUUUAUUGCUACUUUCAACAUGAUGGUGUGUGGGUUUGUGGAGGGAAAGAGACUUACAAUUGCGAGAGAUCAUGGACUAAUUGACUCUCCAAAACAAGUUGUUCCAAUGAGUAGCUUGUGGUUACUUCCACAAUACAUACUAGUGGGUAUUGGAGAUGUAUUCACUAUUGUUGGUAUGCAAGAGCUUUUCUAUGAUCAAAUGCCUGAAACUAUGAGAAGUAUCGGUGCAGCCAUCUUCAUGAGCGUUGUUGGAGUUGGGAGUUUUGUUAGUACUGGAAUCAUAUCUGCCGUUCAGACUAUCAGCAAAAGCCAUGGUGAAGAAUGGCUAGUCAACAACCUUAACAGAGCACAUCUUGAUUAUUUCUAUUGGGUAAUCGCGUCGCUUAACGCUGUGAGUCUCUGCUUUUACUUGUUUAUAGCUAACCGAUUUGUCUACAAGAAAGUUCAAGACAAAGAUGAUGAUGAUGUUGAAGGAGAAAGAGAAGAGUGAUCAAAAAUUGUUUUCAAAUGAGUAGUAACUUCUUAAUAUCCUAUGGACAGUUGUAUACCGGCUUUAUGGUUUAUAUCCAAACUCAAAUGAUUGCUGUGAUUGUUCUUGUUGAAAGACAAAAUGCUUUAAUUUUUUUUUUUAUAAUA